CCGAUAUACCGCUGAGAGUCACUCUCACAGACGACACCAGUCUAAAAACAACUCGCUCAUUUUAAAACAGUAUUCUGUCUCUUUGCUUCAACUCAACAUUUUGUUGUGAACUGCUAAUAUCAAUAUGGCCUCUUCAUUUCCAGUAUCUGGUGGAGAAUGGAUAUCCGGUCCUGAGGUUGGGGAAAGUGGUGGUGAUGCCACCUCUACACAGAGACAGCCACUAAGAAACACUUUACAGACAGUCUGCAAGAGGCUGCAGCCAUUUAGUGAAAUGCUGGAGGCCAAGAUAAAGACUGAAAUGAUCAAUUUACACACUAGUGUGGAAGUCAACGCGAUGGAAGUCUCGGUCGAGAUCGACCAAAUUGGGGUGGACAUCAUUAAGAAACUGACAAAAGAAAUAUUUAAUGUUGUCAACGCGGAGCAGGAAAGGCUGAAGAAAAAUUUAGAAAGUUUGCUGUUAACUACUAAGAAAGACAUUGACACAAUAUUAACUAAAGAUAAACAGUUAUUGCUUAAAACAAAAGAAAACUUAAAACUGGGUGAAAACCUCAUAAAAUCAGGGUCAGAUUCUGAUAUCAAAACAAGUAUUUCUAUAUUACGAAAAUUAGCGUUAGAAAUUUCUCAAACAAAUCGUAAAACUGAAAUUCCCAAGUUGAAAAUUUCUUUGACCAAUUCGAAAAAGAAAAACACUGAAACUUUUUCUGUUGUCAUUGGAGAAAUAUCAAAACAUGACAUAAAAUCUCUGACAGACAGGCAGACACUGACAGACACCCAGACAGACAGACUGAUACUGACAGACACCCAGACAGACAGACUGACACUGACAGACACCCGGACAGACAGGCAGACAGAAAGACUGACACUGUCAGACACCUGGACAGACAGACUGACGCUGACACAGACACAGAUAUUUUACACAAAGAUAUCAGAUGAUGAAUGUGAUCCUUGUCUAGAAUCCAUCGCGGUGCUGGGAGGUGAAAGAUCUAAGAAAAUUGUUCUAAGUGAUUAUCACAACGCCUGUGUAAAAUGUUUCUCUGCUGAAAACUCUAAACUUUUGUUUAAAUACAAACUUCCCAGUGAACCAGUCGGCCUUGCUAGGUCACGUGACCAGCAGGUGGUUGUCACCCUGCCAUGGAAAUGUCAAAUAUUAUAUCUGGAUAUAGAAGAUGACACCCCGCUGACAAACACACUGAACACUGAGAAAUCGUACGGAUACAUAUCAGUGUUACCUAGCAACCGUCUGGCGGUCACUAAGUGGGGGAGUGGUGAUGUGUGUGUAGACAUACUGGAUGAGGGGGGCCACGUCAUUCAGUCUCUCCCCGGCGACUUGAUCCCUAACCCCUCACAUCUCACAGUGAAAGGCGACUCUCUGGUUGUUGUAUUAGAGAGAAACAGUUUGAAAUGUGUGACGUCAUCAGGAUGCGUUACGUGGCAGUCACCUGAGUCAGCAAGGCUACGUCAUCUAGGUGGUGUCGCGUGUGACAUGGAAGAGUGUGUUUAUGUUUGUGAUGAUCAGAGAAAUUGUAUUGUCCAGUUGUCACGUGACGCAGAGGUCUUCCGUGACGUCAUCACGGACCAGGAUGAAUUGUCCAGACCUAGGUCUGUCUGUUGUGAUCAGGAUAAAGUUUAUGUCACUCAGGAAGAUGGACACGUUAAAAUAUUUACAUGGAAUAACCCUAACCCGUGAAACUCUUCAAACUGACUUGUCUAGAAUAAUUAAACACAUCCAUUUGACAAGAAAUAUUUCCACAUUCAAAAAUAAUUAAACACAUCCAUUUGACAAGAAAUAUUUCCACAUUCAUAAAUAAAUAAACACAUCCAUUUGGCAAGAAAUAAUUCUACAUUCAGAAACAAUUAAACACAUCCAUUUGACAAUAAAUAAAUCCAUAUUUAGAAAUAAUUAAACACAUCCAUUUGACAAGAAAUAUUUCCUACACUCAGAAACAAUUAAACACAUGCAUUUGACAAGAAAUAUUUCCACAUUCAGAAAUAAAUAAGAAAUCUCAGAAAUAUUUAAUCACAUCCAUUAGAAGAAAGCUUUGACCAUUUCAAAAUAAUGAAUUACAUCCAUUUGUAUAGAGGAAAUAUUUGACCUGACGACUCGCACCCAUCGUUGUAAGAAAUCCACAGAUAUUAGAAAAAUUAUCGAAACAAAGUAAUUUUUUCAAUAAUUCAAAUAAAAUACGUUCUGCAUCUACUGAAAUGAAAAACUUCCCGUCACGUGGCUGACAGCGCCAGGGUUAGUUGGGGUUUGGGUGAGGGGAGGCUGUAAAAUGAUAUAAAAAAACUCGAAUGUAAUCCACAAAGGAUGCAAAAACUAAAUUUCAUUUGAAAUUUCUGGAUCCAUAUCAAGUUCUAAUAUUAUAUACCCCAAUAAAAAAUGCCUCACCCCACCCACCCACAAAAAAAAGGAGAUAAAUAAAAACAAAUAAAAAAUAAAUAAAUAAAUAAAUAAAUGCCAAUCCCUAACCGAGUUUGUUAGAGGCAGGUAGGCCCUUAUCAACCAAUGGCGACUUGGCUUACUAUAGACUAACCACUCAUGCAUAUACAAUAAAGCGCUGUUUAUGAUGAGCAGGUUCGUAUGAAAGAUGUUUCAAUGGGAGGGGAACACAAGGACCUUGGGUCUAUUGGGAGGUACACAUUCUCAUUGGGGGGGGGGGGGGGGGGAGGGAGAUAUGUAUCUCUUUUUUUACAAAAAAAAGUAAAAACAAACAAACUAAACAUUUUCCUCUUAAAAUGGGGGUAUGCCUACUCUUCCCCCCCCCCCCCCCCCCCCCCCCAACCAACAACAUCACCAACUCCCACGAGCCUGGUGAGUUGAUUAAUCAUUAGGUUUAGUAAAUUAGCAUUUUGUCUGGUUAUUCAUCAAUUGAGAUUGUAUCAAAUGACAUUUAGAGGUUUUCGCCCAGGUUUUAUAAUCAUUUGGACAUAUUUUAUUUAUUUCAUUACUUUUUUGGUAAUGGUUGUUUAAACCUUUUUUGUCAUUGUCUUCAUACUAUACCAAAUAUGGAAUGUUUACAUUAAAUACAAUGAUCUUAUUUCAGCAAGUUCCGCUUCGUGUACGCCUAUAUAUGUUUAAAAUUCAUUUUUGUAUAUAUUAUUUUAUUACUGGCGCGUGUGCAAUUGGAGGGUGGAGGACAUUUUGGUUUUUCUAUUUAUUAUUUCGGGGGAGUAUGACUCGACCCCCCUCCCCAAUAAACUUCGAUCACCAGCCUAGACACACACACCCUCCACGCUAAAAUCCCCGCGCACACGCCUGGAUCAGACAGCAUGUCAGUUGAGAUGUUAUUAAAAACUGAUAUAUUUUCACUUAGUUCUGAUUCGUGUAUACAUGUAUAUAUGUAUAUAUGUAAGACUAAUUUUUGUAUAUAGUUAACACAUAAAGCACCAAAUAGUAGUCGGUUUAUGGAACGUUAUACUUGGACGUUAUCUACAAUAUCGUUCACGAUAUAAAUGUACAUGUAUCUGACUACAUAUGUUUUUAAAUAUUAAAUAAGGGCCGUCACAUCCUUGUCCCCCGACUUCAUGUACCUAAGUAGGUUUAUGAGGUGAUAAGGGGUCAGUCGCACAUGUAUAUAGGCUAGAAUGUUAAACCAGUGCCGUCUGAUCCUGGAAGGGGCACUGACCACUUCCACGUUUCUCUUUACAAGUAAGCAAAUGGUAGACAAGCUAAUUAACUUAAAAUGUAGCCUAGCACAAUGUAAUUCAGAAAGCUAACUCUUUUUUAUCAUUAUAGAUCCGUACGGAAAAGGGAGCAAGGGAUGUGGGGUCAGUUGCACGCCUAAAAAAUCGAUGUUAUUUUUAAUCAACAGGAGACUUUUCCGGGCAUAGACCCUCUAUUACUAUACACCGACUUUUUUUGUACUGACACCCCUUUUAGUUUAGACUAGGUACGGACUGCAUUAUUUCUAUUUAUGAUCCCCCUCCUCUAAUGUUUUAAUCUGUCAGACAGGCCUGGUAAAAUAAAAAAAUAAAAAAUUACGACAACUGUGAGAUAUAUAAAUAUGUACAUUAUUGUGUAACAGUAAUUAAUUAAGCACUUUGUAUGCCUUGUAAUUAAAUAAAUAUGUUGUGU